AUGUUCUCAUCUAUCAGAUCCAGAUAUGAACGUCCGCCUUCGAGCGGGGCAUCGCGAAUGCCUCCAUGGGGUCCUCAGCCUUCCUUGCCUCCCUGGAAGCAAAUAGGUCCCAUAGCAGAGCUGUAUUUGUUGUACUGUGACUCGCAGCCGUUGCCACUGUUUUGUCGAAACAGGUUUCUGGCCAGCCUCCACGAUCGCGAUGUGGAAGUCACCUUGGCCAUUAUAGCCCUUGGAAUUCGCUUCACGAACUCAUAUAGCAAUACUGAGAACGAUAUAAGUGUGGUCAAUGGCUACGCCGAAGCUGCGCGGGGCCUCGUAAUGAAGCGAGUCUCGGAAGGGCCUGUCGAGAUCUCAACGCUCCAGUGUCUAUGCCUUUUGAGCUUGGUUGAUUUUACAAAUGGAAACACGCAUAGGUCAAGUAUCCAUAGCAGUCUUGCUAUGAAUCUUGCACAAUGCGCAAAUCUAGGUCUGAAGCCUCGCACAGCAACCAGCCCCACGACCUUAGAAGAACGCCGGCGGUGCUUUUGGAGCAUAUGUCUUCUGAAAAGGCUUCAUGGGGCCGACUUUUCUAUUCUGGAUCUUCCAGACGUGGGCAGGCCCCCUUUUCCGGAUAGUCCACCUCGGCCACCCCGAGCUAUGUCACCAGGCCCCUCGAGUCUUGAGGCACGAAGAAGCGAGAUGCAGGAUCAAGGCAUCAUUGCGUAUGUGAUCAUGCUGAGCGAGACAUUUGGCCGUAUCGCAAGGUACGUCCGCCUCCGUGGACGACCUGGGAAAGUUCCCCCUUGGUCGCCUGAAUCGGAAUACUCCAAGAUUCUUGCACUACAGAUGGAUCUGGAGACCCGCAUGCCCCUGACACAUCGCUUUAAACCUGCAAACCUCAGUGACAGGUCCCCCGAGGAGCUGCAAGCAAACAGAGAAUACUGGGGCCCAUGGUUCCUCAAUCAAUUCAUGUAUCACACUAUUCUCUGCCUCCUGAACCAUCCUCUCCUCUUGUCUCUGAGUCUUCGAACAUUUCGAAAUACAAUCCCCGAGAUAUUCCUCCAGCACACCUCUGAUCUCAUUUCGUCGCACACAACGUGGAUCAUCCAUUUCAUCAACUACUUCGAAGAAAAAUCAUUUCUGGUUUCAGAUCCCCUUUUGGGAUACAGCGCCGCAGUAGUUGCUACCAUCGAGCUUCAACUGAGCUUCACCGACGACGCUGCAAUUCGUGAAGAGAAAAGGACCCGAUUCAGCAAGUGUGUCAAGUUUGUCCAGCAGAUCGGUGAGAAAUGGCCGCACAUGGCUCGGAUGGCACAAAGACUACUGCAUCUCGAAGAUGCCGUGUCGGCUACAUAUCAAUCAGACCCAGGUGCCCAGAACCAGAGUCUCAUAAUCGAUUUGUCCCGAUUCUGGGAUAUCCUCGAAUACUCCUCCAAUAGUGAUAGUGACUCUGCUCGCCGGCUUUUUGGCGACUCGUUGUUCGCCGGUCCUCCCCUAGCGAUGGCGGAGGUAUCGCAGACCUCGCCGUUGCCCGCCCCCACUCGCUUGAUUACGCCGGUCUCAGGGCCCUCGAACCUCCCGUCGCAGAGUCUCCAUUCUGACGUCGGGUUUGCAGGCGCUCAAGAUUACCCAGAUGAUUCUCUGGUCGUGCCGCAGCAGCUGGCCUUGCCAACGGAUGAUGAUAUUUCGAUCUUAGCGACUAACUUUUUCUCGCAAGGGCAAGAGUUUCUACGCGGCGGCGAUUCCUGGGAAAAUAUUGGGAACUUCUGA